UACGAAACCCCCCAAAAGUAAAAACUGCUUAAUGAGAACUGAUAUUCUGUAACUUGAGAAAACAAACACCAUGAACUUGUUACACAAAACCCUCACUAAAACCUCCAAAUCAACCAUCUUCUUCCCCUCAAUCCCCCCAAUUCGUCAACACCCAUUUUCUCUCUCCUCCUCAUACUCAACCAAAAACUCAAUUGAUGAUAGCAGGGAGAAGAACUUGGCAAGACCAAGUGAAAUUCCAUUCCAACCAAAGGUUGUAAAUAGAGUCAAUUUUGUUGGUACUGUAACUAUACCUGUUAAAUUCUGCACUUCUGUUGAUGGAAAAUCAUGGGCUGUUACUGUUAUUUCUCACCUACGGCAACCUUUGUUUACUUCCAAUUCUCUCUGGAUUCCUAUAAUAUUUGAAGGUGACUUGGCCAUCACUGCUGCUACCCGUCUGAAAGAAAAUGAUAAUGUACACAUUGCCGGACACUUGAGUUCAGAUCAUAUGCCAAUCAAUUUGACAGAUUACCAAUCAAAAGUCCAGGUUAUGGUUCACAAUGUUAAUUUUGUUCGUCAAUUCCAUCCUGAAGUGAUGAAACAUCUCCUCUUCAAUCAAAGAAGAGGAAAAAAGAUGAAACCUCACCCCAGAUCAUAAUUAUGAACUGUGCAUGCCUAAUUAUAUUGGUAUUUCAACAGCCACUGAAAUCCUUAUUCAUACAAGUAAAUACAUACUUCGUAACAGGCAGUGGAUAAGUAUAGCUUCCUUCACUGAAUCGAUCAAACACUAGACAAUUGUCCUGAGAAUACGGGGGACCGAUGAGAAUAUCUGUGAACAGAAAACUCUUGCCUUACUAAUCACAGAAUAUCCAGGACAAGUAAUGCUGUCUAAUUAAUGAUCAUUAUCCAUUAUAGUUGAUAUGAAAGUGAUGUGAAAAUAUGAUUGCUACUUUGGGAAGUCGGCACUCGGCAGGGCUUUGAAUUACAAAACAGAAAGGUACAUCUCCUUCAAUGUGUACAUACUAAACUGGUGUAAACUUUUGGUGUCGGAUUGGAUAAUACAGUACGUGUAUACAACAUGGUUUUCAAUUCUUGAACUUGAUAUCAUGAUAUGUAUGGUUUAUCUCGAGGAUAGCUUAAUCAUUACUUAACACUUGUUUGAUUUUUAUUUUUGUAAUAUACUGGCUGGAGAAAGUUCUCGUCAAGGUUGGGAGGAGGGGUUUCCAACCCUGACUAGAAUAAAUCGCGCUAAAGCACCUUAAAUUGAGGCGAGGGAAAUUGAGAAUCAUAACCUGAACCUGUACCCGGACCAUAUGGUUGGAUUGGAGAUUAUCAUUUUGAAAAUCAUUUCAAAAAAAUGUAAAAAAGAAUAAAAAAUUCAGUGUUAAAGUGAAUGAUAUUCACAAAAAAUGUGUGAUUGAUAAACAAGUAUUGAAUGACGUGGAAAGGGUAGUUGGGUUGAGACAACGUCGACUUCAGUCGUCAAGCUUCUGAUCAGGUAACGUCCAUGCAAGCCAAGAUAUUUCCCACAAUUACAUCACGCUGUCUCCUGCUGCGUAACUGCUUACCAUCUUACCAUAGAAUCCUUGUACGUUACGGACUAGAUAUUUUAUAAAGUAUUUUAUUUAUGAACUUUGCCAGCUCAUAUUGUAAAUUUGUACUCUCUUCGUUCUUUAAUGUUUUGUUCCGAUUGUUUUUUUAACUUGUCCUUUUAAAUUUGUCUCAUAUAGAGUUACUACUUUUAGUAGAGGUUGUUAAGGUCAAAUAAGUCUAUAAUAGGUAUUAAAGGAUUAUUUAAACCAAAAGUUUAAAUUGAUGGUUGAAGCUUAAGAUUGGUUAAUAUGUUUUGUACGGUAUUAGUUGGAGAUAAGUUCAUCACAAAUAAGCUUAAUAAGGGCUACUCAGAUUCAUUUAGCAACCGAAAUUCGAAGUAAUAGUUCAGACACAUUUUGCUAAGCUUAAUUAAGUAAUUAAGUGAAUUGGAUGGAUAAAAUGCACUAAAGUGAAUAUAAUAGUGCCUAACUGAAAAAAAAAAUAAAAAAAAAAAAAAAAA